CUACCUAUCUAGCUAGCUAGCUAGCUAGCUAGCAGAGUAUUAUUAGUAUUCCCUUUCAGUCUCACGCACUCACGCAUGCAGUCGACCACUCAACAGAGUGGCUAAAAGCAUAAGCAACCCACCCAUUGAUUCCGGUACGAACCAGACAAGACUUUUGUGUUUCCAAAACCAGCUGUGCCAUGGACCAAGAAAGUGGCAACAAUAGCAAUCCAACUGACCCCAAUGGCCAGCAGCAGCAAGUUCGAGGGCUGCUGAAGCUUUUGGCUGUCCAGAUUUUGCAACUCGUCGCCGAGGACCCCAGCCACCGAGACACCGAUGCGAUGAUUUGUCUUUUGAAAGACCUGGUCCUCAACGCUGUCCCGAUUGUAGAGGACCCAGAUUCAACUCAGGGUUCAGCCACAGUGCAAGAUUCCCAACCAAGCGCUUGCCAAACAGGGACAAUACAGAAUAGUCAACCUGUCAUUUUGGUUGGAAAUGCAUCCGAUACCAUGAUGAAACCCAGCAACAUGAUGCCACGGGCCAUGGAUGCCUCACCAGAGCAACCACCACCAGAGCGUCAGCAAGCCGUGAAUGACGUGAUGGAUAGGAUACGUGCUAUACUGACGGGAAAUCAGAGCAUGAGGGAUCAGGGGCAAACAUCCCAACCGUCGCCUGCAAUUCAGCCGCAGCAGCCGCCUCCUGCAAUACAACCUCAGCAACCGUCUUCCCAACAACCCGGCCAGCAACCAACAUACGAGAACAGCCAUCUAGAAAUAGCCAACUUUCUGGGCCAGCUGCAAUCCCAGCAGUCAGCACAGCAGCAGCAGCAACAGCCAGCAAAGCAACAGUACUUCCAGCCACCUACACACCAACAGCCAGCACAACAGUAUGCUCAGCCUCAAGUACAACAUAAUGCCCAGCCUCAGGCACAGCAGCAGUACCAGCCUCAGGCACAACAGCAGACAACACAACAGUAUGCUCAGCCUCAGUAUCAACAGCAUGCUGUACAGCAGUAUUCGCAGCCUCAGACGCAACAACAGCCAUUCCAACAACAGCAACACUCCCAGCAUCAACAGCAGUAUCAACAGCAAUAUCAACAGCCUCCGGCACAACAACAACAGACAUUUCAGCAGCAACAGUAUUCCCAAGCACAGCAGCCCCAGCAGAACCCAGCACUCAAUUCUAUAAUGAGUCUGCUACAGGAUGCAGGGGUUCAAGGUGCCAAUGGCGCUGCCGUUGCGAAUGGCUAUCCAAUGGUACCUCAGCAGCAACAUGAGAUUAGAGAAGUGCACGUACCCCACUCUUACCCAAUGAUCAACAUUGAGUUUCCGGGGCCGCAUGAUGUUGUCUUGGGGAGAGGAAGGGGCGCCAGCUGUCAUAUCGGCAAUAUCAAGUUUCGAGCCUUCAUCAAGAAGUACAAGCCUAAAUAUGCCGCUGCCAAUCGGGUUGACAAACCGAAGGUAGCCGAAGAAGUGGUCGGCAAAUGGAGGAGGAAGAAUCCACCAGGUCGUUUCUUGGAGCAAACGCAAGUCGGUGACCGUAACAUCUGGAACGAUGUUGGUGAUCGCAAGGCUCGUCAAAAGUCAUCGCAAUCCUUACGGGAGAAGGAAUUGCCACCACCAAAGAAGAAAGAAGACAAUAAUGAAGAUCAAUGCGACUCGUCGUCGGUGGAAUUAGGGGAAGGCCCCGAGAUAGAGGAAGUCAGGUCGUCGGGAUCGAACGGAGAGCAAGAGAGAAGCUCCAGUGGCAGCGAACAAGGUCCGGCUUCCGCUGGCAGCAGUGGUGGCGAGGAACAAGUUACGCAAGGAAAGGUGUCACGCGUCUCUGAAGGGAGUUCCUCUUCGUCCGGUGCUGGAUCUGCAUCUGAUGGUGCAUGAUCUGAUGCUAGACCGAGCGUUGUUCCUGGCAGUACUCCUUGCCGCGCUAACUUCUACAUUGUGAUUCCACGGUUGGGACAUUUGGCUGGUUUAGUGCGUUGCAAAAGAAGGCCUUUAUCCAUGUCUUUGCACAAUCGGUUGUACUUUUGGGUGUUGAGGAAUGCGCGUAUCACUAUGUCUAAUGUACCGGUAUAAGUAUGCGCAAUAGAAGUACAAUUUACAGUACAGUUACAACAAGUAGUA